AUGAAAGAAGUCCCUGAAAAGGCGGCCCUUGACGAGUACAAUGCUCUGGAGCCAUAUGAAGAACUAGAUCAGUUUCUGGCAUUCGAUCGCUGUCUUAAGCAUGAGAAGGAAAUGAAAAAGUCGUAUUGGGGAACGAACACCAAGGGUGCUACACUGAGACUCCUGCGGCCACUAAUGACUGAUGAUGUGGCCACUGAUUUUAGCUGGAAAGGUGGAAAGGGGAAGAUAAAGUUUUGUUAUCUCCUCUGCUGUGAUGCCGUCUUCCGGUGCAUCAAAUCAAAUCGGCUACUCAAGAAUACGACAGAUUCGGAGAUCGAGUGUCACAUAAAAUCGUGGCUUCGACACGCCAAAGAACGCAUAGACAGAAAGGCCGCUAACAAGGAAAAGCCAACAGCAUCUCAGGUUUGACAUGUGCCACACACAAGGACUGUGACAUUUUUGGUUUAUGUUACAUAUUUUUCCAUCACGCUUCAUUAUCAGUAAUGAAUGCCUGUGCAGUCCUGUACAUCUUUAAGUGUUACAAAAUUCAUGUAUUCAAACUAUGAAGGUUACCUGCAUGCAAUUUUUGCCUGUACAUUCUAUUGCCUGGUGGACGUGUGUGACAUGUUUUGUGACUGU